AUGAGAAUUCUUGAUUGCUAUUUGGCCUAAUAUGUAGACACAGAAUUAAAAAAGAUAAUGGUGGAGGAAAUGGAAUAAUUGGAAGCUGCCUUAGAGAAGUUAUUCUUCUUUUCGCUCACUUGGUCAAUUGGUGCAACUGGAAACAAUAGAUAAGGAUUUAAUGACACUUUAAAAUCUUUGGCCAAAUUUGAUAAACCAGAGGACUUCUAUGAGGUUUAUCUUGAUAUUUCAACAAAUACAUUCAUUGCCUGGAAUCAAAUGUAUCAGAACUUUAGUAUUGAUUCUAAAUUGGCUUACCAUGAAAUCAUGAUUCCAACUGCAGAUUCAACUAGAAACAUGUACUUAUUGAAAUUGCUUUUGUCAAAUAACAAGAAUGUUCUGAAUCCUGGACCUACAGGAACUGGAAAGACAUAGAAUAUCUUUAGUCUUCUCACUACAGGAAUGGGUGAUGAUUUCUUAUAUAUAGCCCUUACUUUUAGUGCAUAAACAUCAGCCAAUCAAACAUAGGAUACAAUAGAUUCAAAAUUAGAGAAAAGAAGAAAAGGGGUCUUUGGUCCUCCAAUCAGAUAGAGAAUGAUUAUCUUUGUAGAUGAUUUAAACAUGCCAAAGAAAGAAUAAUAUGGCGCAUAGCCACCAUUGGAAUUACUUAGAUAAUAUUUGGAUUACAAAGGUUGGUAUAAUAGAAAAGAACUAUCCUUUAUGAAAAUUGAAGAUGUUAUUAUCCUUGCUGCUAUGGGUCCUCCUGGAGGUGGUCGUACGUUUAUUAGUAAUAGAAUAGUCAGACAUUGUAAUGUGAUAGCAUAUAAUGAACUUAGCAAUAAUUACAUUUCUGAGAUUUUCAGUUCUCUGAUUACUUUCUUCUUAAAAAGAUUCAAUGAACCUAUUAAGAAUUGCAUUCCAACUUUAGUUUAGAGUGUGUUAAUAUUCUAUUAAUAAGUAAGAUCAACAAUGUUGCCAACUCCUGCUAAAUCUCAUUAUACCUUCAAUCUCAGAGAUAUUUGGAGAGUGUUCCAAGGAAUAAGUUCAGCUGCCCCAAAGUCAACUCCAGAUGUAGUGGCAUUAGUUAAGAUAUGGUAUCAUGAGAAUUUAAGAGUAUUUCACGAUAGAUUGACAACCGAAGAAGAUAGACAAGAACUAAAGAAUAUGUUGAAGAUUGGAUUUACUUAAUUUGGAGUCACUUCUGAAUAAGUGUUGGAUUCAGAAAGAAUAAUCUUUGGAGAUUUCAUGCAAUCCAGAGAUGCAGAUAUCAAAGUCUAUCAAUAGAUCCCAGAUAUGCAUCAUCUAGUUAAUAGAAUGGACAAUUACUAAGAAGAUUAUAACACUGAUAACACAUUUAUAAUUGGAGGAGCCAAAAAGUAAAUGAGAUUAGUAAUGUUUGUGGAUGCAACUGAACACAUAUCAAGAAUUGCUAGGAUUAUUAGACAGCCCUAAGGUAAUGCUUUGUUGCUAGGAGUUGGAGGUAGUGGUAGACAAUCCUUGUCAAGAAUGGCUACUUUUGUUACUAACUAUAAGUUGUUUUAAAUUGAAGUUAUAAAGAAUUACUCAAUGAGGAGUUGGAGAGAAGACGUCAAAAAGGUAUUGAUGAUAGCUGGUAUUGAAAAUAAACCAGUGACUUUCUUGUUUUGUGACACUCAAAUAAUUAAUGAAUAGAUGUUGGAAGAUUUGAACAAUGUUCUAAAUUCUGGUGAUGUUACUGGAAUAUAUUAAGAGAAAGAUUUUGAGGAUAUUACUUAAGCAUGUAAGUAAGAGUGCAUUAAGAGACAGAUACCCCCUACCAGGAUGAACAUAUUUACACAGUAUUUGAUUAGAGUUAAGAAGAAUAUCCAUUUGAUUAUUGCUAUGACAUUAAGAAUGUUUCCAUCUUUGGUUAAUUGUUGUACUAUUGAUUGGUUUACCGAAUGGCCAGAGGAAGCCUUGGUUGGUGUCGGAAAGGGAUAAUUAGCAGAUUAUGAAUAGGAAUUAGCAAUCGAAGGCAAGAUACCAGUUUUGGUUGAAAUGUUCAAGAAUCUUCAUAAAAGCGUAGAGAAACUAUCCCAAAAGUUCUUAGCUGAAUUAAGAAGAUACAAUUAUGUUACUCCAACCAGUUAUUUAGAAUUACUUCAAUUAUAUAGGACAAUAUUAUCAGACAAGAGAAGAGAUCUCAAUCAAUAAAUACAGCGUCUCAAAGGAGGAUUGGAUAAGUUGAUAGCUGCUAACGAUGCAGUGGAGGAGAUCAAGAUAACUUUGAAAGAAAUGUAACCAAAAUUAGAAUAAGCCAGUAUUGACACAAUUAAAAUGAUGGAGAAAUUGAAGGUGGAUAAAUAGGAGGCAGAUGAUACAUAGAAGAUUGUUGCAAGAGAGGAAUCAGAAGCUACUAAACAAUAAGAAGAAGCUACUAAAUUGGCUGAAUAAGCAGAAGCAUCUGUGGCUGAUGCAAAUAGAACUUUAGAAUUGACAAUUGUAGAAGUCUAGAAAUUGAGAAAGGAACAUUUAGUGGAAAUUAAGAGUUUGGGAUCUCCACCUAAUGCUGUCAAAGUCACUUUAGCAGGUGUGGUUAUAUUGAUGCAAGAAUAUAUUAAAUAAAAUGGAGAAGGAUAAAUUGGAGCAAGAAAAUAUUUGUUAAGUGAUCCAUAAAAGUUAUUAGAAUAAUUAUUAAAAUAUGAUAAGGAUUCUACUAAUCCUGCUCAUAUUAAGAAGUUGGAAGAGAAAGUCAUACCUCAACCAGAAUUUAAUAUUGAUGCAGUCAAGAACUGUUCAUUUGCUACUAAGUUCUUGUAUAUGUGGGUGAAGGCUAUGUAUGACUACUAUAGAGUCUAUACUGAAACUAAACCACUCAGAGAUCAAUUAAUUGCUAUGAGGAAGAUUGUAGAAGAAAAAACUGCAGAACUCAAGAUAAAGAAGGAGGAAUUGGAAAAAGUUAAUGCAAAAAUAAGGGAAUUGGAAGAGAUGUACAACCAAAAGAUAUUAGAAAAAGAGGACUUGUAAAAUAAAAUGAAAGAAUGCGAAAUCAAAUUGGAAAGAGCUCAGAAGUUAACCGAAGGAUUAUCAGAAGAAAAGGAAAGGUGGGGUAGAGACAUUAAGUCAUUAUAAGCUAAAGUAGAAUUACUACCAGGUGAUGCAAUUGUAGCAGCAGGUAUGGUUGCAUAUUCUGGACCAUUUACUUCCCAUUAUAGAACAUCAAUGGAAGGAGAUUGGGUGUUGAAGUUAGGAGUUGUAGGAGUAGCACAUUCUGAAGGGGUCACCAUGAGACAGUUCCUAGGAGAUGGAGUUAAGAUUUAAGCAUGGAACAUUGCUGGAUUACCAAAAGAUGACACUUCUACUGAAAAUGGAAUAAUCAUUGAUAAAAGUAGAAGAUGGUGUUUGAUGAUUGAUCCUUAAAAUUAAGCCAACAAAUUCAUCAAAAAUAUGGGAAGAGAUAAUGCUGAAGGAAUUGAUGUUGUUAAAAUAUCAGACGUUAAUUUGAUGAGAACUCUAGAAUUAGCUAUCUAAUUUGGUAAAUGGGUUUUAUUAGAAAAUGUAGGCAGAGAAUUAGAUCCUUCUUUGGAACCUAUUCUCAAUCAACAAUUAGUCAAGUCAGGCACUUCAUAUACUAUAACUAUUGGUGAUAAGUAAUUAACUUAUAAUGAAAAGUUCAAGUUAUAUCUUACAACAACCAUUCCCAAUCCUCACUACUCUCCUGAAACUUUUGUUAAAGUUACUAUCAUCAAUUUUGCUAUCACUGCUAGUGGAUUGGAAGAACAAAUGCUUGCCUAAAUUGUUGCACUUGAAAACCCAGCUUUGGAAUAAAAGAAGAUUGAAAUUGUUAAGAAAAAUGCAGCUGAUAAGAAACAAUUAUUAGCUAUUGAAGAUUCAAUUCUUAAAUCUCUUUCAGAUUAAAAAGGAGAUAUCUCUGAAAUCCUAUUGGAUGAAACCCUCAUAAACAAGUUGUAAACCAGUAAAAGAUUUGCAGCUGAAAUCAACUAAAGAGUUAAAGAUUCUAAAAUAACAGAGGCUUAAAUUGAUGAAGUCAGAGAAUCCUAUAGACCUGUUGCAUUCAGAUCCUCAUUGUUAUUCUUCUGUAUCACUGAUCUUGCUAAUAUUGAUCCUAUGUAUUAAUAUUCACUCCAAUGGUUUACUAAAUUAUUUGUCUUGGGAGUUGAAAAUGCUUAACCAUCUUCUGUGAUUGAAGAAAGACUGAAGAACUUAAAUGAUUACUUCACUUAUUCACUUUAUGAGAAUAUCUGCAGAUCAUUGUUUGAAAGACACAAGUUAUUGUUUUCAUUUAUGCUCUGUGUUAAAAUUUUAUAAGGAGCAUAAAUGAUGGAUGAUAAACAAUGGAGAUACCUCCUAGCAGGUCCUUAAGGAGAUAUUAAGAUUGCUCAUAAUCCAACAGCUUGGAUUUCUGAUAAUUCUUGGCCUGACAUAUACAGAUAGAUGAAAGGAAUGUCAACUCUAGAGGCUUUCAAAGGAUUUGAUCAGUUUUUCUUGGAUAAUUCAGAUUAGUUUAAAGGAAUUUGGGAUUCUUCAUAACCAUAAAAAGAAUAGUUGCCUGAACCAUGGUAAGGAUAGUUGACUUAAUUUGAGAAAUUAAUCUUCUUAAAGGCUCUAAGACCUGAUAAAUUAGUGCCUGCAAUUUAAGAUUACAUAGAUUAGUAAUUAAAUCCUAAAUUUACAAUUCCACCUACAUUUGAUUUGGAGAAAUGCUACAAGGAUUCAUCACCAAUGUCGCCUUUAAUUUUUGUGUUAUCAGCAGGUAGUGAUCCAGUUGCAGACUUCCUUAAAUUUGCAGAAGAGUAAAAUAUGGCCAAAAGAUUUGAUUCCAUAUCUUUGGGAUAAGGUCAAGGACCUAAGGCAGAGAGAAUGGUUAAAGAUGCCAUUUAAAGAGGAGGUUGGGUGCUCUUAUAGAAUUGCCAUUUAGCUAUAUCUUGGAUGAAUGAUCUGGAACGUAUUUGUGAGGAAUUGAAUGAAAAUAUACACAAGGACUUUAGAUUAUGGUUAACUUCAAUGCCUUCGAGUUCCUUCCCAAUCCCUGUAUUGUAGAAUUCUGUUAAAAUGACAAUUGAACCUCCACAAGGAAUUAGAGCUAAUUUAAUGAGAACAUAUAAGAACUUGGAUGAUAAGGAAUUGAGUGAAUGCACAAAAUAAGACAUUUUUAAAAAGCUGCUCUUUGGAUUUUGUUUAUUCCAUGCAAUUAUUUAAGAUAGAAGAAAGUUUGGUGCAAUUGGUUGGAAUAUCCCUUAUGAAUUUACAAAUGAAGAUCUAACAGUCUGCAAAAGACAACUAAAAAUGUUAUUAGAUGAGUAUGACAAGGUACCAUAUAAAGUAAUUCAAUAUUUGGGAGCUGAAAUCAAUUAUGGUGGUAGAGUAACUGAUGAUAAAGAUGUGAGAUUGAUAAAGACAAUUAUCAAGAAAUACAUAUGUCAUGAAGCUUUAAGAGAUGGAUAUAAGUUUUCAGAAUCAGGAAUCUACGUUUCUUUAGCCUCAACCAAUUAGGAAGGAUAUCUCAAUUAUAUAGAGUAACUUCCUUUAAAUCCUGAUCCUGAAGCAUUUGGAAUGCAUGAAAAUGCUGAAAUUACUAAUUCUUAAAAUACAACAAGAAUCUUAUUAGAAACUGUACUCUCCAUUCAACCAAGACAAUCAUCAGGUACCGGAAAAUCAAGGGAAGAAACCAUUGAGGAAAUUGCCACCUUUGUUUAGAGUCGUACUCCUGAAGUUCUGCCAUUUGAUGACAUUUUUAAGAAAUAUCCUACUUCCUAUGAAGAAUCUAUGAAUACAGUGCUAGUCUAAGAAGUUAUUAGAUACAACCGAUUAUUGGCAACGAUGAAAGAAUCCUUGAUCAAUGUGAAGAAAGCACUUAAAGGUCAGAUUGUCAUGUCUGAUGAACUUGAAAGUCUUGCCAAUUCACUAUUUGAUAAUUAGGUUCCUCUGAUGUGGGCUGAAAAAGGAUUUCUCUCUUUAAAACCUCUUUCUAGUUGGACCAAUGAUCUCUCGGCAAGAAUUAAUUUCCUGUAAUCUUGGGUCGACAAUGGAACUCCUAAAGUCUUCUGGAUUAGUGGUUUCUUUUUCCCUUAAGCAUUUCUCACAGGAUCAUUAUAGAACUAUGCUAGAAGACAUGUAAUUGCCAUUGAUAAACUGAAUUAUGAAUUUAAGAUACUUGACACUCUUUCACCAUAAGAUAUAGAAGAGAAGCCAGAAGAUGGAUGCUAUGUCUUUGGCAUUUCAUUGGAAGGAAUAAGAUGGGAUUACAAAAAACAUUUCAUUACUCAUCCUAGACCAAAGGAAUUAUAUUCGGAAUUACCAUUGGUUUGGUUAUUACCUUGUAUUGAAAAGGAGUAUCCUAAAGAUCUAGUUAUUUAUUAAUGUCCCCUUUAUAAAGUUGUUUCAAGAGCUGGAACAUUAAGCACUACUGGACAUUCAACUAACUUUGUCACUUUUCUUGAACUCCCAUCCAAAGAUUCUGAAGAGCAAUGGAUUAGAGCUGGCGCUGCCGCAUUUUUAUCAUUAAGAUAUUGA